UCUAUUUCUCCCUGCAUUUUUUAUUUUUUUUCUUUCUUUCAACGAGUGAUUAAUGUUGGAAUCAAUGGCGUCUUCUUCAUCAUCUCAGCAACAAAAUCAGGAAUUUAAUGCCUUCUCUGGAAUAGAACCUUCUGGCAAAAGAAGGAAGGUUUCUGAAUCUUCAAGAUUGUUCGAUGUUUUCAUAAAUCACAGAGGUCCCGAUGUCAAAGAAACUUUGGCUACUCAGCUUUACAACUCUCUUCAGCAGUUGGGACUACGGGUGUUUCUUGAUAAGGAAGAGAAGGAACUUGGAAAUUCUUUUCCUUCUACCAUCGAGACUGCCAUCUGCUCUGCUAAGGUACACAUAACCAUCUUUUCCAAAAGAUAUGCAGAGUCACCUUGGUGCCUGGCUGAGCUAGUUCUCAUGUUAAACAGCCAGGCCAAAAUUAUUCCUGUGUUUUACGAAGUGAGGCCUAGUGACCUCCGCCACAUUGAAAAGGGAGCAUACGCUGAUGCAUUCAAGAAAUAUGAGGAAAAGGGCAGGUACUUGGAGAAGCAUAACCAGUGGAAAGAAACUCUUCAGUCACUUUCAUUAAUAGCUGGGGAAGAAUUUGACAGAUUCAGUGACUGUAAAAACAUAAUAGUAGCAGUGCAAGAAGAGGUAAAAAGGAAA